AAGUGCAAGUGUAUGAGUGCAUCGUGUACAGAAACCUGUUUGUUUGGGGUUCGGGAGACUUUGUUUUGUCUGCCAACAAGGAACAAAAGGGAACAUAAUUGCAAAACUAGCCUUUUGAUGCUCUUUUACGGAUAUUAGUUAACAGCUGUUAACAGUUGUCCCCAGCUAAUUGGCCGACAAUCUAACCUGGUGCCAACUCUUUCCCUCUAUUGCGCAUCAGGAAUCCGGGAUGACCACGGGUUGACGCGAGAAGAAUACACAGAAAAAUACAAUCUAUUCCACCCAACACCCCAUCCCUAAGCAGCGCAACGGUCUGUGUCAACCCCCCACCCCAAACGCGCGAGAGGGGUGGCUGGUAAAGAGAGUUUGUACUCGCGCGGCCACGACCAGUUUCCGAGAAUCCGGCGGCGCGCGUGUUUGUCUCGCUUGCCAGAGAAGAGUGUUCGCGAUAUUUGAUUUAACGACGAUAGUGCGCAGCAACAGCUCACAAUUUUAGUGACCAGCGCGACCAGCCUCCCCCAGAAGGCUGCCAAUAGAAGUGAAGUGUGCAUCCCUUCGGGUGCUUUGUGUGAAAUCCGUUCCGUUGUUCGCUGUGUUGUGUGAAACAAAGUGGCACGCAUCGUGCUAAUAAACAAAUCCCGUAUCGGCCGUGCUGUGCUAAAAGAGAAAGUCCAGAACGGGUUUUCGACCGUGCGUGCGUGCGUGCGUCCGUGUGUACUUACCCCUUUAGCCCACCCCCCUGGGGUUGCUAUACGAGCGACGGAAUCGCUUUAGUGUUUGACAUUGAACGCGUAGGUUACUGCGUUUUUCGAGAUUUUUAUUUUUGGAUUGCCCUACAAACCAGCCAGCCACCGUUCCCGAGACGACCAGGACCCAAGGGCCAGAUGGUUUAGUGAAGAAAGGGGGAAGAAAAACCUCCCCAAGAAAACUAUCUUCGCUCGAUGCAGCCACCCCCACCCCGACGACUUGUGUGUUUAUUUGCGUUUGCGUCCUUUGAGUGAGCGGCGGCGGCGGCGUUGUGAAUGGGGUUGGUCAGGGCUUUACACUAAUUCAAAGUGAAGAGAGCAGCAGCUCAGAAGUAACCGUCGUGUGCCCUUGCAGCUAAAUUAAACGUUUCCAAAUCGCCGAUCACUCGCUGGCGCAACGGCACCGUAGUUUCUUGUGUUGGAGCCACCGUUUCGUAUGGAAAAUCAAAAAUCGCCGAAAGGAGUUUAUUAAAAAUUAUACCGCAGAGAGCGAAGCAAAAAAAAACGGAAAACCAGCAAAAUCCAAAGUAAGACAGCAACUGCAACCACGACGAAUGAUUUUUGUCACUAAGGACAGCAAACCAGGGAACACCAGAACGCAGACUGAGUGUGGAAGGUGAAGGAGAAGGCACACUACUGUUCUUAAAUCACGAGCCAACCAGGGCCACCCCAAAAUGCCAACACUGUUGGAAGCACUGGAAGAAAAGUACGGCCUGGAGCCGGACGACAAAGAGGACCACGCCGACGAAGAGGUGCUCGUGUCCAUCUUUGUUCCCAAGCUGCCACCGAGACAAAGCACACCCCAGCUACUUAUACUGAACGAUUGCAACAUCGAUCGUGCCGGUGAGCCGGAGGAUUUGAAGAAAAAAUGCCGUAUCGUAAAGGAGCUCGAUCUGGCCCAGAAUAAACUGAACAAUUGGAACGAGGUAUUCGUCAUUCUGUCGCACAUGCCCCGGGUUGAGUUUGUAAAUCUCAGCCUGAACCAUCUUACCGGACCGAUCGAGACGCCGGCCGUCACGAAGCUGGAUCAUCUGCGGAACCUGGUGCUGAACAAUACCAAGCUGGAAUGGUGCAGCGUGGAGACACUGCUCCGGUUGCUGCCCGCUCUCGAAGAGCUACACCUUAGCCUGAACGAGUAUACGCACGUGCUGAUCGAUACGGCCGGAAGUGCGGACAUCGGUGUCAGUUCGACUACAGGCGGUACCGCCGCCAACGCAACGGCACCGGAAACUAGUCAAAAGCAGGAGGAGAAUGAAGAAGAAUCAAUGGGCAACGAUGAUACGGCAGAACCGGUACCGGCAUCUUCAUCCGGAUCCGAUCAUCGCAGCCGAACGAGCUCAGCGUCAUCGUCGUCGUCAACCGAAGUGCCACCGUAUCGUACCAAUCCGCAUGCCGGUGUCCGGAAGGUACACCUCACUGGCAAUUACAUUGCGGAGUGGAGCGAAAUUUGUCGCAUCGGACGGGUGUUUCCGCAGCUCGAAACCCUCGUACUGGCCGAUUGUCCAUUGAGGUCUCUCAAGCCAACCGAUGCCGAGGGCAACAAUGAAAAUGCCGAAGAAAGUCAUAAAUACUUUCCGAACUUGAAGCUGCUAAACUUGAGCAAUGCCAAGAUUGACUCAUGGGAAGAUAUCGAUCGGCUAUCCAGCUUCCCGGCACUAAACAAUGUGCGACUCCAGUACUGGCCACUGUGGUCGCGCACGGAUUCGAUGACCGAGCAUGAACGGCGCCAGCUGCUGAUAGCGCGGCUUCCAAACAUCAGUAUUCUGAACGGUGGCGAUACGAUUGGUGCGGUCGAACGGGAGGAUGCAGAACGGUCCUUCAUUCGCCACUAUCUGGACAAACCGGAAACGGAGCGUCCCCCGCGGUAUUACGAACUGGUCGGUGUGCACGGCAAGUUGGAUCCGCUCGUUAACAUCGAUUUGCGGCCGGAGCGCAAGGUGAAGGUGCGAUUCACAUUCGAGGACAAGACGGUUGAACGAACGGUCGACGUGAACAGGACGGUAAGCGAUCUGAAGUCACGGUUGGAGCGGCUGUUCGAGGUACCGGCCUCUCGGAUGCGGCUGUACUACGUCGAUCAGGACCUGCGCGAUCUGGGCGUGGAGGAGAUGAAGUACCCGACCAAGGUGCUCUACAGCUACAACAUCCGCUCCGGCGAUGAGAUCAUCAUCGAGCGGAAGGUGAAAAGUUGAUAAGCGGUCCCCACAGUCCACUGGUGAUACAACCAAGUGAUUAAGAAGAAGCCCAGCUAUAGCAUAACAACCUGACCGUGUCCUUUUUUUGAUAAACUAGAUAUUGUGAUAUGAAGAGCGUGUCACACACUUUGUAUACUUAAGUAUAUGCCACUCUCCAUCGCAAAUGCAGCAGCUACACUCCCCACCGGAUCACACAUCCAUUCAGUUGUUCCCCUCUCUGUACUGGGAGUGAAAUGCUCUUCCUGUGGCGCAGCAUGUUUGCCCCCGGUUGCGAAAGUCCCAUUUUUGCUUUGUUUCGUAACUUGUUUAAGAUAUCCCCUCCCAGCAGUAGUAGCGAUGUGCGCGCAGAAGAACUGGAAUCAAACUAUGGCAGCCUAAUAAACUAACGAGUUACUCAUAAUCAACGGUAAUCGGA